AUGUCUCGGACACAGGUGGUACAAGUUCAUUCUGUGUAUACACCGAUCAAAGACGCCAUGCAGCGACACGAGAAUGGCGUGACGAAGAAUAGGAAGACACCACUCACUGGUAGCGGUAGAGCAUGGAGGGAAGAUGAGGAAGCAUAUCUUCUCCAGACUCGACUACAGAAAAUGCCGUAUAAGCAUAUUGCCGCUCAUCUAAACAAGACAGAGCUUGCCUGUCGCCUGCAUUACCACCAGCUGUCUCAUGGCAGCACUCGACGUAAGCGUACUGCUUCUUGCUCUUCUGGUUCCUCGGAUCCUUCACCGAGCCAGGCGGCAGCAUCUUCAAGCCCCAUCUACCGAGGGGAGACUCGUUCGCUCUCGCCUUCCAUGGCCGGAGCCAGUUAUCUCCCCAAACCCCUCAACGGUGACAUGCAGUUGUCGCGCAUUAUGUCUGUGGAGAGGUCUCCACGGCUGCCGGCCAUUUUGCCCAAGCCAGAGGUCCUUCCUUUCUGCCAGGGCCCUGAAUCAAUUCCUCGAUAUCCGAUGGUGACACCUGAGCAGCACAACGAGCCGCUGCCGCCAGUCAGCAUGCACCACCACGGUAGCCCUGUUUACCAGUCUCCUGUUCCACCUCUUCGACUGGAUACUUCUCGGCUGUCUCCGCCGUCUGCCUCAGUGCAUACUCCGGCUCAUGUAGACAUGCAACGGCUUCGUGCCGUCUACGAAGCGCACAAAAACGCCUUCUGGGCCGUGAUUGCUGAUGAUUACGGCAUGAAUGCGUCUGCGGUUGCGCUGGAGCAAGCCUGGAAAACCGGAGCCUGCUGCCAAUAUAGCGAGAGCAAUCCCAUCACGCCUCUUGCCAGCCCUGACAAAGACCGCCGGGCGAGGGGACAAGAUAAGACGAGGAUAUCAUCCAUACUGGACGAUGACACUGAGCCACGACUCCGUUGA